AUGUCUGAGGACUACCUUCGGAACCAUCCCAACAAGGCCGCAGUAGAGCAGAUGGUCCUUAGAGACAUUAGGGAUCUGGUGCAUUCGAUGGGGAAGGAUAUUGGCAGUUAUGGCCUCCCAGAUUUGGAUCCGGUAGAUGAUGGGUGUUCAAUUGGUUACUCGAGAGAGGUUCAAGAGGAGAUGUCGAUCAUUCCGGACAAAAAAGAUAUAAAUUUGUAUACAUCUCUUAACACUGAGCAGCGCGCUGGUUUUGAUGAAAUACUCUCUCACGUCGUUGACAAAAGGAGCCAGGUAUUCUUUGUUGAUGGUCCAGGUGGCACGGGAAAGACAUAUUUGUACAAAGCACUUCUUGCUAAGGUUCGUUCACUAGGACAAAUAGCUAUUGCAACAGCGACAUCUGAUCUGCUCCGCAAGGCAUCUUUGAUAAUCUGGGACGAAGUUGCCAUGACAAAGCGUCAAACAGUUGAGACACUUGAUAGGUCCCUACAAGACAUCAUGGGAUGUGAUUUGCCUUUUGGUGGGAAGGUUGUGGUGUUUGGAGGAGAUUUUAGGCAGGUCCUUCCAGUGGUGACGCGUGGGACAAGAGCGCAGAUCACUGACGCCACACUACGUAGGUCUCAUUUAUGGGAGAAGAUUAGAAAGAUACGUCUCACGCGUAAUAUGAGGGCACAAACUGACCCGUGGUUCUCCAGUUACCUCUUGAGAAUUGGGAAUGGAACAGAAGAGACGAUCGGUGGCGAUUAUGUGCGUCUUCCGGAUGACAUUGUUAUUCCUUACACUUCUACAGAAGAACCAGUGAACAAGCUUAUUGAAGAUGUCUUCCCAUCGCUUCAUGAAAACGCCGCAUCUGGAUCCUACAUGAGCUCACGUGCCAUUCUUUCAACCAAGAAUGAACAUGUGGACAAUCUAAAUACAAAGAUGAUUGAAAGGUUUCCUGGAAAAGAAAAGAUUAAUGAUUAG